AGAAGAAGGAGAGGCAGGUAACUGUGACCGCGGGGACAGAAACACUUCGCCUCCACUCUUCCGGACGGCGCCAAAGACCCUCUGCUGACUGAAUGGAAGCUUUUAAUUCGAUAAUUAAAAGGACAUUAAGUUGCUGCAGCUAAAACAGAAGGGCCUCGUCGAGAAGUGCAUCUCGCUCGCUUUCCCCUUCUAACGUUACUGGAGUGAGCUAGCUUAGCCUGUUAGCUUAGCAGGACAACCACUCACCCGUGUCCGACCGUGCAGGACUUUCCCACCAGGAGAAACGGGAUCCACUCGAAGCUGCACCAGAACUGACCUGGAGUUUACUUCACAGCUGCAGCUGCGUGUCCGGGCUCCGAACGCUGCGUUUGCACGCAAAGUUUUAAGAAAACUGCAUCAAAAAGCGUUCUGAAAAACAAGGAAGUCUGAAUGAACUUUGAUGCGAGCCUGUUAGCUAGCACCUAGCCAGCCGUGCAGUUGCAUUGCUUCAUUGUGCUGUUUGCUUCUGCAACUGAAGGUCUGUGCAGCCUCCUCGCCCGUUAGUGCUCAUCUUGAUUAUUUGCGAAAGCAUCUCAUCGUGUAUCGAUAUUCUGGUGCUCAUUUGGCGUUGGUGUGCUCUGCCGGAUCUCUUGUAGACUAACAGUCAGACGAACGCUGCAGAGAUGAUCCCCGACAAAGCGCCGAAGGAAGACGUCUUCCACGGAUCCGAGGACUUGAAGAAGGAGGCUCACAUCACCAGCUUUGAGAAAUAUAAAGAGCUCUACUUGAAAUCCAUAGAGAAUCCCGACGAGUUCUGGGGUGACAUUGCCAAAGAUUUCUUCUGGAAGACCAAACACACGGGUCAGUUCUUCGACUACAACUUCGAUGUGACGAAAGGAGAAAUAUUCAUCAAGUGUAUGGAAGCAGCUUCCACCAACAUCUGCUACAACGUCCUCGACCGCAACGUCCACGAGAGGAAGCUCGGCGACAAAGUGGCCUUCUAUUGGGAAGGAAACGAGCCUGGAGACGAGCUGACGGUGACCUACAGAGAGCUGCUGCAGAGGGUCUGCCAGUUCGCCAACGUCCUGAAGUCUCAGGGUGUGAAGAAGGGCGACCGCGUGUCCAUUUACAUGCCCAUGGUGGUGGAGCUGGUGGUCGCCAUGUUGGCGUGUGUCCGCAUCGGAGCCGUCCACUCCAUAGUGUUUGCAGGGUUUUCUGCUGAGUCGCUGUGCGAGAGGAUCCUGGACUCUCAGUGCUCGCUGCUCGUCACAGCAGACGGCUUCUAUCGAGGAGAUAAGCUGAUCAACCUGAAGCUCUUAGCUGACGAAGCACUGCAGAAGUGCAGAGACAAGGGGUUCCCAGUACUGAGGUGUAUCAUGCUGAAGCACUUGUCCAAAGAAGCGGAAGGUUCUCAGUCUCCUCCGGCCAAACGAUCCUGCCCUGAUCUGCAGCAGGAGAAGCAGACAGGGAGAGUAAAGAAAGCGCGUCCUGUUCCGCAGGUCCCGUGGAACCCCGAGGUGGACUUGUGUUGGCACACUCUGGUACGUGGAGCCUCAGAUGAGUGUGAACCAGAGUGGUGCGAGUCUGAAGAUCCGCUCUUCAUCCUCUACACCAGCGGCUCAACCGGCAAACCAAAGGGGGUUCUUCACACGCUCAGCGGCUACAUGCUCUACGCCGCCACCACCUUCAAACUGGUGUUUGACUACCAGCCCGAUGACGUCUACUGGUGCACGGCAGACAUCGGCUGGAUCACCGGACACUCCUACAUCACCUACGGCCCUCUGGCCAACGGGGCCACCAGCGUCCUGUUCGAGGGUCUGCCUACUUACCCAGACGUAAGCCGCGUGUGGGAGAUCGUGGACAAAUAUCAUGUGACCAAGUUCUACACGGCUCCGACCGCCAUCAGGCUGCUGAUGAAGUUCGGCAGCGAGCCGGUGCAGAAGUACAAGCGAGAGUCUCUGAAGGUUCUGGGGACAGUGGGAGAGCCCAUCAACCCUGAGGCCUGGCAGUGGUACUACACCGUGGUGGGAGAGAAGAGGUGUCCUAUCGUCGACACCUUCUGGCAGACAGAAACGGGAGGACAUGUGUUGACCCCUCUGCCUGCAGCCACACCCAUGAAACCCGGAUCUGCUACGUUCCCGUUCUUUGGCGUGGUGCCGGCCAUCUUGAACGAGUCUGGCGAGGAGCUGGAGGGGCCGAGCGAAGGAUACCUGGUGUUCAAGCAGCCGUGGCCCGGCGUGAUGAGGACGGUGUACGGGAACCAUCAGCGCUUUGAAACCACCUACUUCAAGAAGUUCCCUGGAUACUACGUGACGGGAGACGGUUGCCGUAGAGACAAGGACGGCUACUAUUGGAUAACAGGGAGGAUAGACGACAUGCUGAAUGUCUCAGGCCACCUCUUGAGUACGGCGGAGGUGGAGUCGGCUCUCGUGGAGCACGAGGCCGUCGCCGAGGCCGCCGUGGUGGGCAGACCUCAUCCUGUCAAAGGCGAGAGCCUCUACUGCUUCGUCACUCUGACCGACGGAGUGACGUUCAACCGCACGCUGGAGGCACAGCUCAAGAAGCAAGUGCGGGAAAAGAUCGGCGCCAUCGCGACACCAGACUACAUCCAGGACGCUCCAGGACUCCCCAAGACCAGAUCUGGUAAGAUCAUGCGACGGGUGCUUCGCAGAAUCGCCUGCGAUGAACGAGACCUGGGCGACGUCUCCACGCUGGCCGACGCCUCUGUCGUCGAGCAGCUCUUCCAGAACAGAUGCUCCACCGCGGUGUGAUGGCGCCCGGGACCCUCGAAAGGAGGCUCCGACUGCAGCCGCACGCCAGCGGCCACAAAGCCGACCAGGAAGGAGGAGGAGGAGGAGGAGGAGGAGGAAGUUGGUCUUGUCCACAAACAACCUUUAGCUCCUGAUGUGUACAGCCUGUAUUUAAAAUGACCCCCCCUGUCCUUAUAGUGAGAGCAGACAGCAGCAGGUAGAGACACACCUGUCUGCUUACUGGUAGACACCUCCCACUUCUGUAGCCAUAGCAACUGGUUUUAACAAUAAACUGAGCCUGCGAGCUAACGGAGAAGCCAGAGGUUGUUUCUGUGAAAGUCCAGCCGUGUGGGGGGGGGGGGGGGGGGGGGGGGGGGGGGGCAGGAAGACGCUUCACUUGGUUUUAUUCUGGUUUCAGCUAAACGUUCAGCUGCUGCUCCCGUCGUCAGAGGAAUAAGGCUGACGUGAAGCGCCGCCUGUACCUGCCCUGUCAUCACCUAACGAGCCGUCUCCCCCCCCUCGCUCGCUGCCAUCGUACUGUUCAGAACACUGAUGAUUAGCUCAACCUGAGGACACUCAGCCUUUCUACUAGCUCUGAUUUCUAUUGUAAUUUUUAAAAAAACGUGUAGAUUUGUGUCGUUUCUUUUGGUUUUCACCCCGACAGGUUUUUGUCGGGGCUUUCUGCUCGUGUGUCCUUCGUCUUCGGGCUCUUCGGUCAGUCUGGUGGUAACCGUUGAAGCGUGUUCGACGCCAAACUGUCGCCUCCUCUCACAGAGCUGCAGGUCUCGUGUUGAAAAGGGAUAAAAAGUGUGUCGCGUUUCAUCGUUCGUCAAACUUUACGGUGUCGUCUGUGAUUGAAAUAAGGAACCAACGUCGAUCCCAGAUGAUACUUUAAAGAUCAUGCAUUGUGAAGUCUGUUUAAUCAAAGCUGAGAAUAAUUAUGUGUGAGUGUUUGGCUCGUCUGUGUCGUCACUUCCUGUCUCUCAGCCCAUUGGCUCCUGCUGGAGACACGAACCUUCACUUUUUAAAUGAAAGAAUCUGCUGAAGCCCGCAGUGAGCAGCUAACGUCAGACUGGAGGAAGUCUGCUCUCGCUGCACAGUAAAAUGUCUCCCGUGGGUCUGCGGGGGCCUCGCCAUCGCCCAGCCGGGGACGUUCAGAUGGAGAGGUUUACCGCUCGGAGUGAUUGGCUGUGUAGGAUCUGGUGUUGUCGAGCCAGACUUCUCAGGAUAUUUCGGCCUCUGCUGUGGAUUCUGAUCUUUUCAUGCUGUUAAUCUGUCCGUCAGCUCAGAGUAGAACGUCUCGACCACGAGCUCGUUUCUCACGCAGACGUCUGCGAUUGUGAGAAUGAUUUGAUUCAUUUGAUGAACGACAUGAAGCAGAUUUCAGCGUUAUUUUAUCUUUGAUUUGUUGCUGUUUGUGUCUCAGCGUGCCAACAGUCCCAGCGGAGCUGCGUGUAUGAAGCUAGCGACUGUAUCUCAGCUGCUUCUUUGAUUUUUUCUUGUAUAGUAACUCUGCUGAAGGAACGUUUGUCUGUCUGUUUUUUCCUCUUCAUCCUCACUUUUGUUUUCGGUUGCCUGUUUGUAUCAACCUAUAUGCAAUGACAGUAAAUGGACAUGACUACUGCCUCUCA